AAAUCCCUGCAUGUGCGUGUUUAUUACAGUCCUAUUCACAAGAUAUGAAUGUGAUACACAGUACAAGGUUAUCCAGCCGUGAAAUGAAAUUUGACCAUUUGUUGCAACUUGGAGGUUUUGGAUGUUAAGUGGAAUGUGUCAGGCACCAAAGGACAAAUGCUGAAACUGCAUGCUCUCACUUAUAUGUCGCUGCAUUGACUUUGCCAGGGGAAAUGUGGAGGAAAAUGUCUAUUCACCCGGGACAGAACAUCUGGGACAGAUCUAAGUAAUGAUUCCACUUAAGUCCAACUUAGUAAACCAAUGAGGUUACUGGUUUAUUUAUUAUAGGAGCACAGGUGAGGGGUUACUUACGGGAGCUUGGGUGACUCAAAGACAGCUUCAUCACCAAAAGGUCCUACUUCAUGAGUGGUGACUUUAGGGAAGUUGUAUGGGGGUGACUAGAAUUCCAGGCUAAGAUCCCAUGACAUACUCCCGUUUUUUCUAGGGUGUGGUAGCAGUCCCCUUACUGUUCCCAUAGACCUAGUUAUCACUUAUUGCUCGGUACCACUGCCAUGACUAUGAGGCCAAAGUUAUUUCUGCUCCAAAGUGGUCAUGGGUUAACCAUGUUUUGGCUGUUGGAAGAACUGAUACGGUGACAUGUGUAGAGGUUAAAGAGUGCCUCUCCCGAGAGCACAGAGUAGGACAGCUGUUACCAGAGCCUGGGGCAGACACGAGGGAGGAUGGGAUGUAGAGAGAUGGUUAAGAACAGGUGCAGCUGGAUAGGAGGACGAACUGGCACUGCUUUGAACAGCAGGCGAGGAUAACGGUGCCUGACAACAAUGUAUCGAAUUCAACAGCUAGGAGACAGGAUUGUAAACGCUCUGGAUGGAGACGAGCGAUGGCUGAGCCAAUCACGCUGAUCUAAUCAUCACUUAUGAGGUGGCACACUGCACCCCCACAAAUGGUGCAGCUAUUACAUGUAGAUAAAACACACUUGCAGACUCUUGAGAGAGGGCUGACAAGAAGACUCAGUAACUGUGCUUGCCUUGGAAGCCUGACUGAGUUUGAUCCUCACAGGAAACAGACUCUCAGCGGUUGUCUUCUGAGUUCACCUGCACUUCUCUAUCUUUCUUUCUCUUUCUCUCAGGAUGAUGAGAAUAAUGAUCCUGAGUGAACCGGAGAGCAGAGCGACCUUGUCUACGGAGGUAACUGAUGUUGAUGGAGGUGCGAGCCUUUUUGUUUGUUUGUUUGUUUUUCAGAGAGGCAAUUUACUAACAGAAAAUGACUGUGAAUUCUCUUCCUCAGAUGCUGUUAUAAACGAUGGGGUGAUAUCCCAUAGCAAACAGAAACUCUGAAGGCUGAUUGGACCCAGGGUCAGGGGUCUCGGUCUUGUUUCCUUCAGUGGUCUGGAGUUUGAGAUGCAGGGCAGUGAGAGCCAGCCGGGAGAAGACUCAUCCCAGGAAACCUUUACCUUUGUUUCCCAAGUCGCCAGGCAGAUGGAUUCUUGCUAGGAUCAAUGACACACAAAAGUUAUCUGAAAGGUGCAGAGAUGUGGCAGACACCAAAUACAUUUCCCUCAGCUGCUUAUCAAGAGGCGCAUCUGCUUUCCAUCUUUUCCUUCCAUUUUCUCGGUUAUGCGUUGUCUCCAGACUCCACUACCAAAUGAAAUCAGAACAGACCUUUACCAGUUUGGAAAACGGUGAGACCCUGUCUUAAAAUUGGAAAAAGGUCUGGGGACGUAGCUGAGGGGUGAACAGUUGCCUCGCAUCUGGAGGUCUGCAGGGUUCAGUUCAAUUCCCAGUACUAAGGAGAAAAAAGAAGGUACCGAUGAUAAUCAUUUUCUUCUCCUCCAAAACCUGCACUGCUUGUAGGGAGUCAGACCUUGCAGUGUAAGCUUGUCCUCAGCGUCGGGAGCUCUCCACUUGUCAAGUGGAGACUCAUCCCACUUUCUCCAGGUCCCGAGCCCAGGACGUAAGGACAGGUCUGCAAAACUCCUAGUAGUGUGUGUCACCCUUCCCAGGGCGCGCUGCCAAACCAAGGAGUGACUCUGCAGAGGUGGAAUUUUGGGCGUCUGAGGCGUGUGUUGGCGGAGCGGGGUCCCCCGGAGGACUGUGUCACCGGCAGGUGGCGCGCUAGCCGCAAGCCCCGCGGUGUUUUCCGAGCCAAAACUUGAACAGGACGUUAGUGCGGGUGUUGGAAACGAGCGGUUCCCGGGAGCCGAGCUGUUGGCUCCCGCGGAAAAGUGACGAGAGAAGGGAGCGGACACCCUGCUGGAGCGAUUCCACGAUUCGGACAUCGUGAGCUUCCUUCGGAAAGGCUUCGUGAGUGGGCUGCUUUCCAGUGCAUCUUUGAUAUCGUUUCCUAGACUCUGUUCCAUGAUUUAAUCUGGAGUUCUGAGAUGAAGAUGGAGGAGGCAGUGGGAAAAGUAGAAGAACUCACUGAGUCUGCAGCCCCACCAAAAGCAUCGGAACAAGAGACAGUCAAGGAGGAAGAUGGCUCUGUAGAACUGGAGUCUCAAGUUCCUAAAGACGGUGGAGCCGGCUCUACAGUUCUCUCUUCAAUGCCCUGUUUGUUGAUGGAACUGAGAAGGGACUCCUCAGAGUCCCAGUUAGCAUCCACAGAGAGUGACAAGCCCACGACUGGCCGAGUUUAUGAGAGUGACUCCUCUAAUCAUUGCAUGCUUUCCCCUUCCUCUAGUGGCCACUUGGCCGAUUCAGAUACAUUGUCUUCUGUUGAAGAGAAUGAGCCCUCGCAAGCAGAAACAACAGUAGAAGGAGAUACUUCAGGAGUGCCUGGUGCCACUGUUGGACGAAAGUCUAGGCGGUCCCGUUCCGAAAGCGAAACAUCUACCAUGGCUGCCAAGAAGAACCGGCAAUCCAGUGAUAAGCAGAAUGGCCGAGUCACCAAGGUUAAAGGUCAUCGGAGCCAAAAGCACAAGGAAAGGAUCAGACUACUGAGGCAGAAGCGGGAGGCUGCUGCAAGGAAGAAGUACAGCCUGCUGCAGGACAGCAGCACCAGUGACAGUGACCUGACGUGUGACUCCAGCACCAGUUCGUCAGAUGAUGAGGAAGAGGUUUCAGGGAGCAGCAAGACAAUCACGGCAGAGAUACCAGAUGGACCUCCAGUUGUAGCUCAUUAUGAUAUGUCUGACACCAGCUCUGACCCAGAAGUGAUAAAUGUGGACAAUUUAUUGGCGGCUGCAGUAGUCCAAGAGCACAGUAAUUCAGUAGGCGGCCAGGACACAGGAGCUACCUGGAGGACCAGCGAGCUUCUAGAGGCAGGUCAUUUGGAUCCAGGAUUCCUAGCAAGUGACAAAACGUCGGUUGGCAGCGCACCGCUUAAUGAAGAGAUUAACAUCGCCUCUUCAGACAGCGAAGUGGAGAUUGUGGGUGUCCAGGAGCAUGCAAGGUGUGCUCACCCCCGAGGAGGUGUGAUCCAGAGCGUUUCUUCCUGGAAGCAUGGCUCGGGCACACAGUACGUGGGCUCCCGGCCGACACAGUCAUGGACUGCUGUGACGCCCCAGCAGACGUGGGCUUCGCCAGCAGAGGUGGUCGACCUUACCUUGGAUGAGGAUGGCAGGCGUAAAUACCUUCUGUAGUGGAGUGCCACUGUCUCUGCACUGGUCCUUCCAGCCCUCCUCUCCGUGACAUGGAAGUUCAUUUCAUAGCUUCAGCUUCCUAAGCUGUUUGUGGCAUUUGUGGGAUGGAAAUUCAUGGUAGCUCCCCCUUUUUAUUAAAAUAAUUCACUUAGGAAAAUAACAGCACAGAGAAAUAAUUUUUUCUUUUCCUCAAUAACAAUAUGAGAAUGGUGGAUUUUAUUAGACAGCUUCAUUUUGCUUGGUGAUCUACCUUAAAGUCACCCUCCAUUUAGAAUAAUAUUUUACUUACUAGACAAAAUGGAUUUCAGGUUUUGAAUCUCAUAUUUAUUUUUCUGUAUAAUGAAAUUAAUAUCUAGAUGUGACCACUCUCUGUCACCUCAUUGUCACUCCUGGUCUCGGGCAUUUGCACACAGAUUAGUCAAGUUCUCCUCAUUGGCGCCUGGUAGGGCAUGUGCAUUUAGAAACCCCUUCCUUAGAUGUGGAGGACAGAAGUGUUAUAAAAUAUAUUUUUCUUUAGCUUACUUCUUCUGCCUUCUUUCCUGACAGCUCCUUGUUUGCCACAACACAGAUAUUUGAAAUGCCCCUUUUAUUUCCAAAUACUAUUAAGGGGACUCAGUUGGUCUCUUUGUUGCAAUAAUUCCUAAUUCUUGGAGAUUUUUCUGGAUAUCUGAAGAGUGCAUUGAGAGAUCAGUGGGAAAUCUGUAUCUUCCAACGUUUCCCUCCUGGUUUAUUCAAACAGUAAGCAGACAUGGAAAUCUGUUACUCAAGUAGGAAGGCUGUAAGAGGCAGAGUGGCAUCAAAGUCUGUAGGCACUUGCAAAUCUGAGCAGACAGUGCCUUUCCUCACAUCUGGUUGCUCCAGAGAGGGUGCGACCACUGUUUAACUGGACCCCAGGCUGUGUUUGUAAGUUUUCUUCUCUGCCUCCUAAAAGUAUGUAUUCAAGAGAAAUCAAAAUAUAUUGUAAGGAAUCGGAUGCAAAGCACAUCAACAGUACUGUAAGUCGCACAGUUUAAAGCAUUAGAACAGGUAAUAGAAACUUCAGGGAAUUUAGGAAAUGCCAGCGGAGGAACUCUGUCGCAUCAGUACUACCCUUUCCCUAUAAUGUUGUAGUUACUAGUGAAGUACUUUUAAAAAGCAAUACCUAGAAUUAGAACACGCUGUAUUGUGCACAGGGGGAGUGAAGUAAUAUUGGCCUGGAAGACUUCACGUGUUUUUGUUUCUGCUUCUGUUUUCAUUGUUACGUGCGGUGUUGCUAUGUCCUUUUGCCUCCCUCUUCAAACGCCUUGGUGGUUCCUCCUCAUUACAGGGUGAGACCCGCCAUUUUCAUUCAGUGCACACACACUGACCAGGGAUCCACUCUGCAUCCAGCACUGUGCAGGGUCGAUGCUGUGGAGGCCUGAGAGGAAUGAGGCACAGCCUGCCUGCAUGCUCCUGCAUGAGUCUGCCUGGCUCCAUCUGCCUGGCCUUUCUUUUUCCUUACACAAAUACAAGUUCACUCAUUCUUCUCCUUGUUAAUUGAGUUCUUUUGUAGACUCCUCCUGGAGGGCGUUUUUGAGCGCCUGCUUGUUGAUCCUUUCAGGGUGUCCUGCCCUCUGCUCACCAACUGCUCAUUUCCCCUUCAGUCUAUGGCUUUACUACUCACUAGGUUUUAAAAUCAUGAAUCUCCAGUUGUAGUGCAUUGAUCACUCUCACCUGGCCACAAUCCUAGAUAGAAACCAAAGACCCAGAGGCCAGAGCUAAACAGAGCUUCUGAAAAUUCACUGCUGGUAUAUCUUUGGACUUUCACAUCUUGCUUUAGGAUUAAUUUAUUGAGUUUUACUGUUACACAGUUUUUUGUUUUGUUUUUUUUUUUUACUUGAAUUAAAAUACUCAACAAAGGAGAAACAUAAUUUCUGGUCUGUGUUUUCCAGAAAAUCAUUGGUAAGAGAAUACAGUGGAGGGUAUGACUUGAAGUUUUUGCAGCUUAUCUCUCUCUUCCCCAGUGUCAGGGCACAGCCCACUUUAAAGAAUGUUUUUGCAUUACUUAUUUUCAUGUUAAUAAUGUUUUGUUCAAGUCUAUAUAGCAGGUGGUUUCCCUUGACAUUUUAUUUAGCCAUCCCCUGUCUUUGGGUGCACUGUGGACUGGGGACAGAAUGGAGUUGCAGCCAAACUCUUUUCUGGCCUUUUAUCUUAGGUUGCACACAGAUACUCCUGAUACAUGACCCUGACUACUUGACUUGGUGCACCGGAACGGAGAGUUAGACAUUAAUAUUCAAGGAAGUGAAGGCAUGCUUGAAGCAGUCUGCUCUCUCUAGCAAGUAUGGGACUUUCCCAUCUGAUGCCUAAUUAAGAGGGCAGUUGAACUCCUUGGUUAUUACUACAUCUAGGAGAGUGGAAAUGUGGUUUGUGGCAAGGUGUUACAAAUUCUGUGACAUACAACUCUUAGAACAUUUGAAAUUUCUCUGGAAGUAUUGUUUGCUAAUCAAACCUUUACAUUUGGUACCAUAAGGAGUUCUUUAUGCUUUGCCAAGACAUUGUGUGAGGGUGACAGUGGGAUCACAGAUUACCUUAUGCCACGAAUGUGAUUGAUUCCCUCCCCUCCAGUCUGAAGAAGCAGAAGCAGAAGCCUGGCUGUUUGUCACUGUGUCGGCUCUGCAGUUACAGAGCAGUGGUUCUCACUUGUGGGUCGUGACUCCUUUGGGGGUGAAUGGCUCUUUCACAGGGCUGCAGCAUUAGGAAGGUUGUAGACUGACUGGAUGAUGUCAGUGGCAAGGGAUUAGUCCUAGCAUGCGUUUGUCAGCACAGCUCUUAGCAUGACCUGCCCAGUUUGCCAGCUCAGUCAUUCGUUCACCUACUGUUAGCAAACUAGCACCACAAGGAAUUUAAGACAGAUGUUGCCUGCUUCUUUUGUCAUUGUGUCACAAGGCUUGCAAAAGCCUGGGGCACAGUUUAGUCUUAGUUUUGACUCCCCCCCCUUUUUUUUUUUAAAAAGGCAAAGAGCCGAACCCCAAUUCCUGUUGUCCCAUAUGUGUGUGAUGUGACUUCCAUGUGUAUAUAAAACUAUUGCACCCUAACCAAACUUCCUCAGACUGUGCACUGUUUGUUUAAAAUAAUCACGUAUUUUAGUUCAAUGCUGUUGUAUUUUUUCUUUUUAUUUAAAACACUACUUAUUCUCUAACAAAUUUCAAAGGGUAGAGAUCUUUAAAAAAAAUCACUGGAAACGAGGAAAUGCGUUUGUUGUUGCUUUGUUCUUUAAAGAGUGCAAAGGUCGUUGGCUCUUUUGCUCUUCUUACCUUGAACAUGAAUUGUCAGCCAUUGUGUGGCUAGGACCCAGUGCACUUGGUGUUCACAGACCUGCUGUUGCUGGCCUGAGCGUGGACUUGAUGCAGUGACGACAAAUCAUUGCGUAGAAGUAAUGUUUCCAAAUGUGCAACUCAAGUUUGUAAAUGAAAUUUGGUUCUUUACAUCAUUAUUUAGGUUUUGUUUCCAUUUAGUAUUUAAUGGUCUUUGGAGAAAAAAAUAAACAGAGUGUUAUAUAUAUAUUUUUUGGUGCAAGAUAAGAUUUUGUUUUUUGAAACAAGUCUGUAGCAUAAAGGUUAAACUAUUUUAAGAUAAAAUAAAAAUAGAGUGUAUUUAAACAA